GGACAGGGAGGCGCAGGUUUCCGGCCUAAUGAACGUCAACAGAAAGACGAAGAGGAGAAGCAGUUACUCUCAGCGGCUGUUAUGUUCUAGCUUUCUGCGAUUCAGCUCCAGUAUCCCGAAUUGGCACACGCAAGAACAUGACAUCUGUUUACUGAGCUGCUGCAUCUUCAGACAAGCUUUGGUGUGCAACGAAUGAGGCUGACCCACCAUCGUCAUGGAGACAGAAACGGAAAUGAUCCCCAUCUGGCAGAAUAAGCCUCAUGGAGCUGCCCGUAGUGUUGUUAGAAGGAUAGGUUCCACCCUUCCUCUCAAACCUCCACAGAGGGCAUGUUUUCAGGAGCUCCCAGGUCUGCCCUCUCUUCGUCCUUUUGACAGCCCUUCAGUUCCUACCUUGGCAGACAUAGCCUGGAUCGUUGCAGAUGAGGAGGAGACGUAUGCCAGAGUCAGAAGUGACUCACGGCCUCUGAAACACGAAUGGCGGCCCACGCCCCUCCUGGUCCUCCACAGGAACUCAUCUGUGCCCAACUUCCGCCGGGAGGGUAAAAGGAUGGAAGGUCUGAAGAAACCGGGGAUGACGGCGCUGAACCGUACCACAGCCCUGCAGGAGGAACUCAGCAGACUGAGAGCUCAGAUCGCUAAGAUUGUUGCAAAUGAUUCAGACUCCAACCCCCUGACCCCUGAACUGCUCUCCCCUGACGACACGAGCAUGGGCUUUUCUAUGGCGCCAUUUGAGACUAUGUCCUUCCAGCCGGCAACCGCAACUCCCGCUUCAUUCGUCAUCAGUGAUGUCACUGAGGAGGAAGAAGAGGAGGAAGAAGACGAAGAACUGGUGGAGGAAGAUGAGAAAGAUGUUGUCUCUGUUGUGUCUGAGCUGCUCCCCGACCCUCUGCCCCCGGCUUCCAUGACGGCAUCGGCAACCUUUGACCUGGACAGGCCCACCAUGGACUUCCAGGAGGCGGAGGAGGACACAGUGUCCCUGUCCAAGUCCACCAGUUUUGCUGAUGUUAUGGACAUCCUGAAGGACAUGAACAAAAUGAAGAUGAGUAAAGACAGGUACAACAGAGGCUGCACUUCGCUCCGAGAGGAAGACUCCGCCACACUGAUAUCAGAAGCUCUGAGGAAAAAAUUUGUCCUGAAAGAAGAAGAUUCUGUUGCUGUGAAAAGGAAGUAGUCAGAUCCUGCAGCUGCAUGUAAGUGAGGAGAAAGCAUUUUGUAUAAUUUCUAAGAUAUUAGUUCAGUCUUUAAUUUUAAUUUUAGGCCCUUUCCUAUACAGUUUAUGCCCAUGGAUCACCAACCUCGCUCCUCGAUCUCUCCCAGCCUCAGAACAAGAGACUCAGAUAUCUGAAACCAAAAGCCACGUUGCUGCUGGCUUCUGGAGGCUUUCUGUGUUGCUAACAGUUUAACCACUUUCCUACAUUACACAGUAAACAUUUUACCUGCGUUAAACUCAACAGAAUAGAUUCGGGAUUCUUUUCUAUAUUUCACUAAAACUGGGUUGUUUUACAGAAUAGCAGGGCAGAGACUAACUUCCAAACCAUCAUCAUUACGUGUUGGACCUAAAUAAGGCAACGUUACUGUUCAUUUUUAUCAGAAAAGAUGCAAAUAAAUCUUUUUUUUUUUUCUUUGCAUGCAUCAGUCGCCUAAAAACCUUUUCUCACCUUCUUGAAGAACAGCUCUAGAGUCCAAGUGAGGAACGUAACUAUUUUCUGAGACAUUUUGUAUUUUGGUCCAGAGUUUGAGGAUUGUCCACAUUUAUUUGUUUUGUUUUUUUUCAGUGAUUUCACAUACAUUUUCAUCUCAUUAAAUUAGAAUAUGAUCAAAACGUUAAUUUAUUUCAGUUCCAAAAGGUUAAUCUCAUAUCGAUUUAUUACCUACAGAGUGAUAUAUUUAAGUUUAUUUCACUUUUGGUGGUUAUGGCUUACAGUCGAUAGAAAUCCAAACUUGAGUUUCUCUGAAAACUAGAAGAUUACAUCAGACCAGUAUAGAUCUAUUUUUUAUACAGUAUUUAUGUGUCUACUGAAAUGACCCAACCAUCAAUAUAUCUGCACUCAAUACUUGGUCUAAGGUGAAGCUCCAUUUGCAUGAUUUCCUGCAACAGUGCAUUAUGGCAUGGAGGUGAUCAGCCUGUGGUUCUGCUGAGGUGACAAUACUCCAAAGGUUCUGUAUGGGGCUGGGCAACACUCCAGUGCUUUUCCUACUGAACCCAGAUAGCUUGCUGACAUUCAGGAGUUACUUAACACAAGGAAUGUGAUGGUUGCCCAGGUGCUGGGCACGUCUGUAUGUGGUGGCUCUUAAAGCGCUCCUCUCAAGGCUGAAUUUAAGUUGCCUGUGUUACUUGUUCAUUAGACUUUUUCCCUCCACUCAACUUUCCACUAAUAUACUUGGGUACAUACCUCUGCGAACACCCACUCUGGCAAUUAGCUUUUGUGGCUCACCCUCCAUAUGAAGGGUGUCUCCUGGAUGUCUGUCAAGUCAGCAGUCUUCCCCGUGAUAAAGUGGGCCCAACAUGACAAGUCUCCAUUAAAACCCCUUUUUAUUGCUCUGAUGUAAUAUUUCUCUGAGAAACAAAAUGUUUGGUUUUCAAAAGUAACAGAAAGAAGCUUGAAAUCCACCCCUCUCUGUGGUGAAUCGACUUAAUAUGAGUUUCACUUUUUAGAACUGUUUUUUUUGAAGAUAUCUGCGUGAAUUAUUCAAAUUUUUUGAGUUGCACCUGUUGCUGUGACCGAUGGCGGACCAAAGGACACAGUUUUGAAACAUGACCUGAAAGCACUGAGUCUACGUUGGUGGUGAAGUUUAGGAGCCGACUGUGUGCUGCUUUCUCAGCUAACAGGAACAAGCCUGGACAGAUUUCUUUAAAACUCUCAUCUCCCUGCAUGUGGAGGCUGUUUCACUCGUGUUCGAAGUCACGUGUAAAAUAUGUAAUCGGACAACAGUAAACAAGCAAUUCUACACAACAACGUAUGUGUUUACAUUAUUCUGAGCGCUAUUUGAAGAAAAAAAAAAGUUACAUUUUUGUAUGAGUGAGGAAUGAAACGAUGCAGAUUCUAACUGAAGCCUUAUCUCAGACCUACAGCCCACUUAAUACUCCUAUAUUAGGUCAAAGGGCCUCGGCUUAUUUUUAUACAGCUUCUCCUGAAUGUGUCCUCUCAUUUUAUUAGGAUCUCCAAAUAAGGAUUCUCUGUUUUAUUAGUAGUUUGCACCAUGUGGUGGCUGGAUGUUUUCUUCAGAAAUCCUUGUACUCUUGGCACUACAGCUGUCUGCGUUCGUAAUUAAUCCAACAUGAGGGGAAAUCCUUGGUUUAGUUCAACUGUGUAGAAAGAGUUAGCUCAGUGAAAUGUUUUAGGUGAAGAGUAAAGGCUUGCAGCUCUGUCACAAACCUUACACAGCAUGUUUGGGUGUGGAGUUUCUCCUGUAGUAUGAAUGUGUAACUAUUGUACCUCUUGGCCCAUCGUGACCCCAUCACCACCAUGUGUUUAUCCUGGUUUGUUUUUUUAAUUGUUUUGUUUGUGUGUUUUUUUUUUUUAUGGAAGUAACUGUAAAUAAAGGUUGUGCGACUGUU